CAUCACCGAGGUCUACUGAGCAUGCGUCGGCCAUCGCGCAUGCUCAAUCACUACCAACGCCACAAGGUGGCGAUUUCACGACGAGGGGCCGUUGCCCGGUGAGUGACAAAAACCGUAAACGGCGCUGCGCUUUGGGGGGAUUCCGGCUCGGCGUCGUCAUGGCUCGGGACGUGAAGAGCAAACUAUCCAAGAAUCUUCUCCGCAUGAAGUUCAUGCAAAGGGGCUUGGAUUCAGAAACCAAAAAGCAACUUGAGGAAGAGGAGAAGAAAAUAAUCAGCGAAGAACAUUGGUUUCUGGAUCGACCAGAACUGAAAGAAAAAGAGAGACUCAUCAGAGAGGAAAGAAGCUUCGUGAUGUGUGAAGAUCUUCUGUAUGGCAGAAUGUCCUUCAAAGGGUUCAAUCCUGAAGUCGAGAAGUUAAUGGUCCAGAUGAACUCGAGGUACAAGACAGAAGAUCCCGCAGAGGAAAAGAAUGCAAAGGAAGCUGAUGUAUCGGAUGAGGAAAUGGCUAGAAGGUACGACACAUUAGUGGGAACCAUUGGGAAGAAAUUCUUGAAGAAAAGAGACCGCCACGUUUUGCAAGAUCCUACGGAGGUGGAAAGCACUAACAGGAGGCCCAGCAAAGUGAGGAAAGAGUUUUUAAAACCCCAGGAUUAAUGUCGGAAAAUGUGUUUGUGUUCCUACAAGGAACAGAAACUUAGAAUGCCAUUUAUGUUUUGAUAAAUCGCUGACUCUCCGGGAAGGGACUGGUCCUUUUUUUUUUUUCUUUUUCCCCGAUACCUAAUGGAUGUUAUACAUCCUCUCUUCCUUUGCGCAUGAACUUUUGAGGAGCACAAAAGCAGAUGUAAGCAGAUGCCGGUAAAUAGUAGGGAAAUAGUUCCUUUUUAAGAAACAGAAUUCCAGAAUUGGUUUUAUCUGCUUCCUCUUGAGAAAUGCGUUCCUAAAGGGCAUUCCUUUUUAAUUUCUGAAGACGUCUCCAGGUGCCUUAGCAUUAUUUUUGUUGAGGAAAACAGGGCUCCCCAAAAGAAGAGGGUUAACACAAGGAAAGAAAUGCACUUUUUUUUGCUGUAGCCUCUUUUCGGGGUGGGGAAAAAAAAUCUUUUUAUCGGUUCUUCUAAUGUAUCGGCCAAACGGGCCCCUGAUCACUUAGAAAUAAAUAAUAAUUAUAUUCCAUUGCAAGUGGGGUCUUUGGGUUUCUAUCCCCAGGGGAAGAAGUUCACUACAUGAAAUCAAAAGAUAUAUAUUUAUACCCACAGUAUAGGUAGGGUUCGGCUUAGGACCCUGAAAUU